AUGGCAACCCCGAUGCAGACCCAGGCUCAAGCUCAGGCGCAGACUCAUGCGGAGACUCAAGCUCAGGCGUCGGCACAAGCACAAGUCAUGAUGCAAAACCCAAUGCAAGGCAUUCUGCCAAAUCCGGUACAGUUGGUGCCAUCGACGACAAUUGUGAACGUGACGCCCCCACCGCAACUUGACGUAGACUCAGCCGACGUAAAUGAAAACUGGAAAGACUUCAAAAGUGACUUCCAGAUCUAUACAACGGUGACACGGCUUCAGGAACAAGGGGAAGCCAUCUUCAAGGCAACAUUUCUGUCAUGUUUGGGUGUACCAGCAAGAAGGUGGUUGAAGGGACUCGGUGUGGACGUUUCAGCGAUGUCGGCCAAUGACAUCAAGGAGGAAAUCGACAAAAGGUGCACCAAGAAAUCGACGAAAACGCUCCUGGAUUUCAAAUUCUGGGGGGGGAGUCUCAUACAGCGUGAGGGUGAAUCGUUUGACAUGUAUCUCGGACGUGUGCGCCAAGCGGCAACAGCAUGCAGAUUCAUGGACGUAUCGGAUGGAGUGUCAAUAAUUGACAGAUUGAUACGGAGUCAACUAAUCAUCGGUCUAAAAGACAAGGAGCUACAACGAGAGUUGCUAUUGAAGGACGCAUCUCUAAACAGAAUCAUUGAGAAAUGUCAGUCACAUGAAAGCAGCAAAAGGAGCCAAACAGUGAUCUCUAAAGCCGAAAGUGAGCAGAGCACAGUUGCUGGUUUCCAGCCGCAGCGUAGACCAACCGGCAUGAAUGGUGGCUGGAAUAACAAACAUGGCCGCGCCUAUGGACAAAAACAAACGUCAACCCACCGAAGUGAAAGACUGUGUUUCCUUUGUGGCAAACCAGGUCAUUUCAAAAAAGAAUGUUACCUCAGAACUCAAGAUCGAAGAAAGAAGGUAUUCAUGAUACAAGAAGAUGGUAAAGACAGUGACGUAGAGGAUGGAUACGAUGAGCAAGGCUCCGAGAUGUUCGCUAUCAACGCGGUAAUGAAAAUGGUGGACGAGAAGUGUGCGGUGCGCCAAAUUAAGGCAAGCACAUCGAAGUGGAAAGAAAUCGUCAAAAUCGGAAAUGAGAAGGUGAUGGUAGUGAUUGACACAGGAGCUGAGUGUAGCGUUCUGCCAAAUUGUCUGGUAGAGCAGCUCAUACAAAGCAACCACAACGUCAAACGAAUGAAAACAACAACGAAAUUGAUCUCAUAUUUCGGAGACGAGCAUGCGACGGGAGAGACAAUCACAAUGCCAUUGGCGUACCGGAAACGAAAGUGCUACGAGAGGUUCUACGUAGUCAAGGAAGGACUUGCGCCAACGAUCAGUGGUGAUGCGGCUGAGACGAUCGGUUUGAUAAAGAGAAUUCGAGGAAUGAGUGAGAAUCCGGGGAGCGACCAGUGGAUAAAAAGGUUUCCAAAGGUUUUUCAAGGCGUUGGAGAGAUCAAGGGAGUAGAAGUGCAACUGCGACUCAAAGAAAACUGUGAGGGACACAUCAGUCCGUGUCGAAGAAUCCCGGUUGCGUACGAAGACUCUGUCAAACAGGAGCUACGUCGAAUGUUGCAAAAGGGUGUCAUCGCUAAGGUCAGCGUACCGACACUAUUUGUGAGUAACAUCGUCGUGGUUCCUAAGGCGAACGGAAAGAUCAGGCUUUGCCUCGAUCCACAACAUCUCAACAGGGCACUGAGGAGGGGACCUCACCCCAUAAAACGAUUCGAGCAAAUACAAUGCAAACUCAACAAAGCUGCAUACUUCACGACUCUUGACGCAAAUGAAUCAUUCUGGCAACUGAAGCUGGACACUGCUUCAUCCUACUUAUGCACCUUCACAACGCCCUGGGGACGAUUCAGGUUUAUGAAACUCCCAUUUGGAAUCUUGACGGCUACUGAUGAGUUUCAGAGAGCAACGGAUGACCUUUUCGGAGACAUGCCUGGGGUGGUGCCCUACAUUGAUGACCUGAUCGUGUGGGGCAACACGAAGGAAGAACACGACGAGCGAGUGAAGCAAGUUCUCGAAAGAUGCAGUCGAGUUGGCAUGGUGUUAAAUCCCGGGAAAUGCCACUUCUCCCAAACUUCAGUGAAGUAUUUGGGACACAUCCUAACUAGGCAAGGUUUCCACAUUGAUCCUGAACGCAUACGAAUCAUAGAGGAAGUUGAGGCGCCACAAAGCAAAAAAGAGAUACAGAGAUUCUUGGGAAUGGUCAACUUUGUCGGCCAAUUCGUAGAAGGUCUCUCGGAAAAAACGCGAAUGCUGAGACAACUUGUGAAGGAUGAUGUGGUCUUUGAAUGGACUCAGCAACACCAAGAAGCGUUCGAGGGCCUGAAGAGGUGUUUGGUGUCAGCACCAGUGCUGCGAUACUUCGAUCCGGGUCUGCCGGUGGUUUUAUCGGUGGACUCGUCGGAGUACGCGGUAGGUGCAUGCCUCUUCCAGGAAGGGAAGCCGGUUGCGUAUUCCAGUAAAGCCCUGACUCAAGCGCAGAAAAAGAUACCGCAAAUUGAGAAAGAAAUGAUCGCCAUUGUCAACGGCUGUGCAAAGUAUCGCUACUACCUUGGAGGUCAUCCAGAUAUAACCGUGGAAACGGAUCAUAAACCCCUUGAGAACAUAUUCAAAAAAGCAUUCGAUAACGUCCCAUGCAACUUACAGGGGCACUGGUUAAAUCUCCAGAGGUAUGGACUCAAAGUAACAUACAGGCCCGGGAAAGAAAUUCCAGUCGCAGACUUUCUAUCAAGACUCCAUCCGAAAGAGCAAGUCGAACCGAAUAUUCACGUCAAAUGGGUGGCAAGCCUAGCAAUCUCUCAAGAAAGACAUCGGGAUUACGAGGAGGCCACGCGAGCAGACGCGUCGCUGACAGCCCUAAAAAAUCUAUAUGAACGAGGGUGGCCAUCGGAUAAAAAGCUAGUACCGAUCCCGGCUCAGCAAUACUGGCCAUACAGAGAAGAGAUCCAUUGCCAGGACGGUCUGGUGCUGCGAUCGAACAGGAUCGUAGUACCUCAGUCCAAGCGAGCAGAGGUGUUGUCACAAUUGCAUUCUGGUCACAGUGGAAUAGAGAAAAUGAAAUUGAAAGCUCGUCCUGCAGUUUACUGGCCAGCAAUCAACGCCGACAUAGAAAGGAAAGUCAAAACGUGUCAUCUAUGCCAACAACAUCAUAGACAAGUGCAAAAGGAACCCCUUAUUCAGGGUGAGAUACCGCGGCGUCCAUGGGAGAUAGUGAGCGCCGAUGUGCUCUUCCAUGAGGGAAAAUACUACCAGGUGAUCGUGGAUCAUUACAGUUUCUUUCUCGAGGUAACCCAGUUGAGCGACCUGAGUGCGAAACAGACAAUCAAGGCGCUUUGGGAAGUAUUCCAAAGACAUGGUUAUCCGAGAGAGUUUCGAUCCGACAACGGCACAAAUUACGCAAGCCACGAAGUCAAGGCGCUAUUCAAGGAGUAUGACAUCAAGCACACGACAAGCAGCCCGAUGUACGCGAAAUCCAAUGGGAUGGCCGAGAGAGGAGUCCAGGAAGUGAAGAAGAUUCUGAUGAAAGUCAAGUUCGGGACGCCUCAGUUCUACAACACACUGCUGGAAAUCAGAGCGACUCCCCGGACCGAGGCAUUGGGCUCUCCUGCUCAACGACUCAUGUCACGACAACCGCGUACAACGCUUCCCUGUCAUGAAAGCUUGCUAGAUCCACAAGUAAAAGACCCUAAGAUAGUUCAGGAAGAGCUAAAGAAAGAAAGGGACAAACAAAAGUUCUAUCAUGAUCGGACAGCGCGCGCGAGACCGUCCUUCAAAGUAAACGAUGGAGUGAGGAUCUUGAGCCAGAAGGACAAACAAUGGUACCCAGGGCGGAUCACGUCACCAUACCACCACCGCAGAGGACGACAGCCGAAAGGAUACAACCAGCUCAACGACCAGUACUGCGAAGAUCUGAACGAAUAA